AUGAGGAUCGGGUGUCUCCAGUUCGCCCCAAAGGUUGGCGAUGUCUCCAACAACCUCUCCCGCGCCGACGCCGUCCUGGCCAAGGCCGACGCCAUGGAGCUCGACAACCUAGACCUUCUCGUACUUCCCGAGAUGGCGUUCUCAGGUUACAACUUCAAGUCAGCCGAGCACAUCGAGCCCUUCCUUGAGCCCUCGGGCUCUGGAAUUAGCGCGCUCUGGGCCCGCACCACGGCUCUCAAGUACGACUGCACCGUCGCCGUCGGGUAUCCCGAGAAGGUCGGCAGUCCGUCUCCCGAGUACUACAACUCACUCAUCCUCGUCAAUGGCGAUGGAGAGACCGUCGCCAACUACCGCAAGAGCUUCCUCUACUACACCGACGCCACGUGGGCCUCGGAGGGCGACGGCUUCUUUGGGGGCCCCGUCGGCGAGUUUGGUCAAGUUGCUAUGGGCAUAUGCAUGGACAUCAAUCCCUACAAGUUCCAGGCUCCCUAUCACGCCUUCGAGUUUGCCUUCCACGUCCUAGAAGUCCGCGCAAACCUUGUCAUCCUCUCCAUGGCCUGGCUCACGCACGAGGACCAGGCCACCUUCACUCCGUUUGCCCAAGAGCCCGACAUGGAGACCCUUACCUACUGGGCGCAGCGACUAGAACCCAUCAUCCGAUCCGACAACGACGACGAGAUUAUCGUUGUCUUUUGCAAUCGCUGCGGCAUCGAAGACGAGGUCGUCUACGCCGGCACGAGCGCCGUUCUUGGCGUCAAGAAUGGCGAGGUUUCCGUAUACGGCCUCCUUGGUCGUGGUGUUAAGGAACUGUUGGUCGUCAACACCGAGCUGCCUCCAUUUGCCAAGCUCGUCAAUCGCACCGAAACACCCAUGCGCGCCGGCUUCGAGCCUUCGCCAAAAUCCCCAAGACGCUCCGGGAAGGAGCCGUCCAAUGCCCCGCCUUCUCGGUCCCCAGCAUUGCCUCCGGCUAGCCGCGGUCAGGCGGGUGGGGCGCAGGCUCCAGGGAGCAUGAGCCGCGGCCAGGUGAGGCCGAAGUCACGGGCACCUGCAGCUCCGUCGUCUCCGCGUCCCAGACAACCACCUUCACUUGCCGACUGCGAAACUAGCAGUGAAUACGAUGAGCCCCGAGAUUACGAGGUAUGCUCGGGCCGGUGCGGCGGGUGUAAGGACCACCCCCAACCUGCGAAGCUGGGAGCUCCGAAACCCCCUACGCACUCCCGGCCAACGCCCGUAACCCAGCGGCCGAAGCUAGCAAUCUCGACUGGGCCAGAGAUAAUCGCCCCUUUUACGUCGAAAUUGCCUCCUUCGGGGAUGGAUUCCGGGGCUAUUUCAUCCAGAGGCGAUAUCGGCACGCCCCCUGUCACGGCUUUUGACGACUUUCCAUUGUCUGCGUACUAUUGGCCCUCGUCAGCACAUCCCCUCUCAGCAGCCGUGUACACGCCACCUGAGGACUCGGUCUGGCCCUUAUACGACGACACCGUCAAGGUGAAUGUCGAACCCAAAACUCGGCGUGCAGUCGAACAGGUAACGCCCGUGGCGCGACCUGCAUCACCCAAAUCCCGCAACGCAAGCCAAACUCGGUCGCCUCAGUCUCCAGGCAGAGGCAACCUUUGGCCACCCGGACAGGCCUCUCCCAUCAGCAGCAGCCGCUCUAGGACCCGGACAGCCGGGCCGCCUUUGCCUAUCAAGAGCGCUCGGCCGAAGAUACGGGCAAUUGAGAAGCUAGCGUCGCCUUGUCCCACCCCGCGAUCGGCAGUCUCCGAUUCGACGUGGGCCCAAAAGAGAGAUGAAUAUUUAGCUGAAGCCGCCACCAGGAAGCUAAGGCAAGCUCGAUCGGUAGAGGAUCUGAAGGCGAAAGCCCGCUCCAAGCAUUCGAUCACGAUCGCCGCGAGCCCAAGUGUCUUCAAGACCUCCUUCUCCCCUCAGGAGAUUGCCACCAAGGUACCGGCGCGGCCCGAGACUCGCUUGGGCCACCAUGGACUGCGAAAGAGCAAGUCGAUCAUCAACGCGGCUCCGAUCUACCAGUCCCAGGCGCCGCCUCUGCCGCGGUCGCCGCUCGUCAAGACCCUCCCUUUUCGCACGGCGGCCAAGGCCCAACACCCCACUAUAACCAUCACCUCGACCUCUCCCUACCCUGAGCUCGCUGUCGCCGAGGACGAGGUCUAUUUUGGCCACACGAUACCCCGGGACAGGGGACGGAGACAGCGCGGCUACUCCAACGACCGCGAGGCGCCCGCCUGCUACUCCCCCACCGAAGUCCGCUCGACCAUCUCCAUCUAA